UAUAUCCUGUCUCUUUCUUGUUCUUUUUUUACUUUCUGAAGUGCAAACUGCAACCUGAGGUGAUGAGGGAAAGCUCCAAACAUCAGACAGUUUUGCCAGAAUCAUUAUGGGCUGAUGAUUCUGUUCAACAAAAGCGCAGUGGUAAAUUUCUUACUGAGCGAGAUAAUACGGCAAGGUCCCAGAAACUCAUUGAUCGCUCAUAUCGCUUUGGAAUUCCAACAAAAGCGCACAGAAAUGGCCCGUCUCUUUCAACUUCAUAUAAUGUUGAUCAAGCAGGCUAUGGGGUGAUUGCUCUAAAGGAUGUCGAAGAAUUUCCUACUUUCCUGAUAAAGAAACGCCAAAUACCCAAGUCAUGGCCAUUUCAGGAAGCUUCGCACAAACAUCUAGUGUCAUUGACAGACUUCUACACAGAAUCCAGCUCGAUUUGUUUAGUCUAUGAGUACGUGCAUUUAGCUAUUCCACUAGGCUGCUUGGCAGGGAUCGUGGAUUUCAGUGAGGCGGAUAUAGCCACUGUUUGCAGAGAGAUUCUAGAUGGUCUCAUUUAUAUUCAUUCAAGCUCAGCAUAUUACACGGCUCGCAAACAUUGGAGACAGUAUGCUAAACAGCAACAUGCUGAGCAACUGGAAGUCAGAUGUAGCAGCCGUUGGUUUCAUUGUUAUCUGUCUCAGUGACAAAACUGCCUUGAUUUCAGGAGUCGCUCCUUUGAAAAUUGCGCUAUCAAGUCCAGCUCGUGGGUUCAUAGAAAAGUCAAAAACGGAGUCGGCUAAAGAAC